CUCCGGCAUCCAGUAUACGCAGACAUGAAUCUAACUCUUGCACUGUCCUGUAUGAUCGCGAUCAUGUGGUUGUUCUGCGGAAGAUGUAAAGCAGCCCCUGGAUUAAUCACUGGCAUCCAUCGCAAUUUAGGAAAGCAUCCAUAUAUUCGCGGGUACGCUGUAGAAGGCCUGGUGAAGGAUCUUGUAGAGGAUCUCGUCGGUGAGGACGAGGAUAAUCUGCGACUCAGCAAGCGCCAACAGCUGGACGAUUAUGGUCAUAUGAGAUUCGGCAAGCGGUUCAACGGGGACGACGAGGAAUAUGGGCAUUCGCGACUUGGCAGAAAUAUCGAGUAAACACCAUCAUGUUGGGUUUCUCUACAUCGUAAAUAGUGAUCGUUCACACUCGUGUGCUAGAUGUAGAUAGAAUAUAUUUUACAUUGCAGCUAUUACGAUCGUGUCACGUUAUUCUACCUUCUCCAGUUUUUUCAUCUUUGAUCUUCAUACCGUGAAUUUAAUCUACGCUUUCCAAAAAUA